AUGUCCAAUGAUAUCUUGACACAAUUGCCGUUGUGUGAGCCGUCGGUUUUCAAUGAGAUUCAGACAUCAGCACGUUUAUUUGGAGGAAUGCCGAUUGCCAUUUUUGGCUUCAUCACAAAUGUCAUUAAUGUUAUUGUUUUUUGGGAUCCGGAAAUGAAGUGCUCGCUCGUCAAUCAUUUUUUAUUAGUGCUCUCAAUAUCGGACCUUCUCUUACUCGUCUGCAACUUCUUCAUGCUCAUAUUCCCCGUAAUUGCAUCAAUUAGCAACAAUUACCUUUUGCAUGACUACUACCCAUUAUUAUUAUGGUACUCAUAUCCAGUUGGUCUCAGCACGCAAACAUGCGGCGUCUAUCUGACAGUGCUUGUUUCGGUCCAUCGCUAUUUGGGUGUGUGUCAUCCGUUCCGGGCGAAACGAUGGGUUUCCGGAAAACCUGUGAAAUGGGCCAUUAUUGGCUCGAUCAUAUUUAGUAUUGCGAUCAAUAUCCAUACAUGGAUGGAACUCGCGAUAGUAACAUGCUAUUCACGAGAGUUUAAGAGACCAUUGAGGAGUAUUGCGCUGACAGAACUCAAAAAUUAUGCGACAUUCAACAUUAUAACAAAAUGCAUUCUUUACACGUUGAUCAUGUUUGUUAUACCUUUCAUUACGUUGAUUAUCGUCAAUUGUCGAAUAGUAGUGGCUUUGAAGGAAUCAACUCGAAUGCGAAACGGGACAUCCAUCAAGAAGAAUACCCAAUCUCGAAUCAUCACUCAAUUCCGACUUCUCAAAAAUGCGAAAUAUUCAGAGAUUUUCGGCAGAUUCGGAAGGCUGAAUUUAAAUCCUCUAAAAACACCAUCAUUGUUGAAAACCAAUGGGAAUUCGCUACGAGACCGCUCGGUGACAAUGAUGCUCCUCGCAAUUGUCGCAAUAUUUCUCUGUUGUAAUUGUUUGGCGUUUUGCAACAAUAUUUAUGAGAUUGUGCGUGAUGCCCGUGGAUCAGCAUUAAUCAACACAACGACAGUUGAGCAAGAGGAAUCCCUCAAUGUAUUCCCAAAUUCUUGGUCUCUAUUUCGUCAGUGGACAUUCGAUUUGUCCGUCGAAAUUUCCAAUAUCCUUAUAAGUUUGAACUCAUCCAGCUCGAUGUUCGUCUAUUUGAUCUUCUCGUCGAAAUACAGGUCUAUCAUCAAACAUUGGCUUGGUUUGGAGAAGAGGAAGAGGAUAAACGGAGUCGCAUUGACGACAGCGAUGGCGGCUCAAAAGGCUUUGGAGUUGUCAAUUUUGCCAGAUGAGGUCGAGUCUCGAAGGCAUCGUUUAGAAAAACGGCAAGGUGCCAAAAAGCAUAUUCUCAAUCGAUCCGCUCAACUGUUUUUGACAACAUCCGAAGCUGAUCUAAGACAAGCUCGGUCGAUUCGGGCCACUACGAGCGACGAAGGCGGUAUUCACGAGACUCCUGCAUUCGAAGAGCCAAGCACAACAAGUAUCAUUUCAAGGGAUAAUGCCAAUCGAUCAAGCUCAAAACGGAAACUGUUAAGAUUUGCCACUCUUGCUUAA